AUGGCUCGCGGUCCAAAAGCGCGCGAUUACGACUAUUCCAAUGUCGGCACGCAGGGAAGGCGAACUGGCAUCACGCUCAAAGAAGGUAGAAUUGACGAGCAUGGAAUGGAAGAGCUGGAUGGAGUGUUUUCGUCGCCAGAAAGAUCGCCCAUGCGGUCCAAUGGAAUAUACACAGGCAAUGACACGAUGAUGGGCUCCGAGGGCAUGUCCAUGGAUGAGGACACCGCACCAGGACCAGCCGACUUUCUCUACAAAUCCGACGCGCGCCGAUCUCCAUACCUACCACCGCCAGUCGCAAGAUCACCACGGAAAAGUGGCUUGGGCGGAUCGCCUCGUCGCACACCGGGGCUGCGUUCAUCGCCUAUUGCGCAGGAUGAUCGGCGCUCGUCGAGUCCGUCGACUCUCCCUCAACGAAAAGGCAGAUCCGGUGAGACGGCGCGUCCGCCUUUGAAUGACCGACGACUAAACACAGCUACGGCACCAAUCGCGAGACAAAAAAACAAAGACUUUGAUGCGAGUGGCGACUUUUCGGACAAUGAGAAUAAUCCAGUGCAUGACGAUGACGAUAUACAAGACGAUGAAAGCGCGUUUGAGAACGACAUUGCUGGGGAUGUUGAUGUUCAUGUUAAUGAUGACUACGGUGAUGACUCGGAUGAUUCAAUAGAGGAUGUCGGUGCCGGGCAUGCAGAUGUGUCGGAACAAGAUUCGCCCUCGGUUCAUGCCUCCAAUUCGCGUACGCUGAACCGAAGAAGCGCCUCGAUUAGGAUAUCUAGAGAUACAGAUGAAGAGGAUAAUGAUGCACCAACUGAACCGGCUGAACCACCACCUGCGAAUAAACUCAAGAGAGGACGACCAGGAAAAGCUACAAAGGCACAACAAGUCGACAACAGACCAGCGAAAAAACCGAAGCCGUCAAAAGCCGCACCAAGUGCGCCUCCCGAGCCAUUAGACCCAGAGUUGGAAAAAGUGGUUGAAAACCACGUUAACCGGACAGGACCUCUCAAGGGCCGCAGUCUUUAUAUCUUAAAACGCGAGACGCCAUCCGAGGAGCAGUCGACGCAUACUCGAUCCGGGCGUGUCUCUGUCCGACCGUUGGCGUACUGGCGCAACGAGCGCUGUGUCUACGGAGAUGGGGAGGCUAAUCUUGGCCAACGGUAUCCAUUGUCGACAAUCAAAGAGAUUAUCCGCACGGAAGAGCUACAGCCAGAAAAGGGCAAAAAGAAGCGCAAGAAGGGGAAACAAUCGAAAAAGCAAGACGACGACUCAGACGUAGACCCGGGCGAAGCAGAUGAAUGGGAGACCAAGGAGGGCGUGCUAUAUGGGUAUGCCAAGAAAUGGGACACUGAACGGCAGACUGUGUCCAAGGAGGAGGAAGCUCUCGAAAUUGCGUACGCAUCCAACGAGGUCGAGAUGCGCGAAGUCAAGGACUCUACGUUCCGGGUUGCCAAACUGCUGAGCUACUCGUUUAUUGGGUCUGGCAUAGUCGAGGUUCCGCCCAAGGGAGUCAAGAAACCCAAGAACUCGAAGCGCAUGCACAUGGUGUUUUACGUGUCACAUGGGCGGGUGCAAGUGGACAUGAACGGUGUGCAGUUUACAGCGGGCAAGGGGUGUGUUUUUCAGGUACCUAGGGGGAACCAUUAUAGUUUUGCAAACACGUACACGGUCAACGCCCGCCUGUUCUUCACGCAGGCCUUUGUUCCCGGUGAGGACGAGAACGAGAGUGCAGACACUGGCGAAACUGGGGAAGCAGAGGCGUCCGUGGAUAGCGAGGCACCGUUGCCCAAGGCCAAGGGCAAGGGUCGGGGUCGGGCGAAGAAGACAUAG